CGGCCCACUGUGCGCCCGUCCGCCCAUCGACAUGGAAAGUGCGUUAUUUAUUUAUUUUUACCGUCAACCUGACUAUCCGUGUUCAACGUAGUACCAAUAUAGACACCGGUUAGAUCACACUGCAAACUCUUAGAUUGAUUGAUUCCGAAAUUGGUAAAUGCCCGUCACAUUGCGCUUCUUAUUACCCAUGGAUUUCGGUUGCCACGACAAGGGCUCUGGCGAAGUGGAGUGCUACCUCGAAAUACCAAAUCCACAUGCGGUUGGAUGCGUCGAAAAAUUUGCAACAUUUUUUUCCUACCUUCUUGUCAUUAUAACUUUUCCAUUUUCAUUAUUGGAAUGUUUUAAGGUCGUCCAAGAGUUCGAGCGUGCUGUUAUUUUUCGUCUCGGUCGGUUACGAAAAGGAGGAGUGAGAGGACCUGGACUCUUCUUCGUGUUGCCAUGCGUCGACACUUACAGAAAAGUAGACUUGAGAACUGUAUCCUUCGAUGUGCCACCGCAAGAGGUGCUCACGAGAGAUUCUGUAACAGUAGCAGUUGAUGCAGUUGUUUAUUACAGAAUAAAGGAACCUUUAAACGCAGUUGUUCGGGUUGCAGAUUAUAGUGCAUCUACUCGUCUUCUUGCUGCAACUACUCUCCGUAACGUGCUAGGUAUGCGGGAUUUAGCUCAGCUGUUAUCUGACCGAGAAGCCAUUAGUCAUAUGAUGCAAGCCAAUCUAGAUGUAGCCACUGAUCCAUGGGGAGUCGAAGUGGAACGAGUCGAAAUCAAAGAUGUCCGAUUACCAGUACAAUUGCAAAGAGCAAUGGCUGCCGAAGCUGAAGCUGACAGAGAAGCUAGAGCUAAAAUUAUUGCAGCUGAAGGAGAAAUCAAAGCCUCGAAGGCUCUAAGAGAAGCAUCACUUGUAAUGAUCGACAAUCCAACCGCUCUACAGUUGCGGUAUCUUCAAUCCCUUAAUACAAUAUCAGCUGAGAAAAGCUCGACAAUUAUCUUUCCUUUCCCAAUGGAUUUCCUUAAGACGUUUUUGAGCGGCGCCGGACCCAGCAUACCUCCAUCGCCAUUACCUAUUUAAUAAACAUUUGUUAAGAA